UAUGUCGGAUGAUAUUUGUGGUCUUUCCAAUAAUGUCCAAAUAAGGAAAUGAACAAGACCAAAAGUAUAGACAAUGCUUUAUUCUGAACAAUCUUCAUAAAAGAAUAGCGUCGCUUAAUCGAUUACAUUAGUUGACACGAAUCGCUCUUCUUUGUGUGUAGGCAACCACGUCCUGCCAAUUAAGACAGUCUAUGGGGAAAUCAGCUGAAUUUGCCAAAGUUCGCAGAGGACAAGCGCUGACAAAAACAACGGAACUCUCGGACACUCCCAUUCGUACGUAUGAGAAAUACGACAGAGAGAAAAACGCCCCGGGCUAUGAAAAAAAGUCGGAAGGAGAAAAGAAACCCAAGAAAUGACAAAGGAAGAAGUAGCAUAGUAUGUUCUCCGAAGUUGUAACCAGACAUCCAUCAAUCUGACAUUAACGCAUGGGAUUCCAAGCAAGCCUAUGUUGGUUCAGUAGGCUUUACAUUUUCCGGGUUAACAUCCACUGAAGAGGAAUCAAACGCAUUGCUAGAGAGCUGGCUAAUUACUACUCAGUUGUGUCAAAGCUAAAGUAGGAAAACUUGGCAUCUCCGGAUUUGACUUACCAAAGGCGUCUGCGGAAGGAAGGGCUUUCACCUGGUGCGGGCUGUGGAAUAUUUAAGAGGGAAACCAUGUCCUCUGAAGAGGAGAGAUUCAAGUUGGUAGUCGUGGGCGGCGGCGGUGUGGGGAAAAGUGCACUGACCAUCCAAUUCAUCCAGUCAUAUUUUGUAUCUGACUAUGACCCAACUAUUGAAGACUCUUACACUAAAAUCUGCACAGUUGACGGGACAGAGACACGACUGGACAUCCUGGAUACAGCGGGGCAAGAGGAGUUUGGUGCCAUGAGAGAACAGUACAUGCGUUCAGGAGAAGGCUUCUUACUAGUAUUUGCUCUCAACGACAGGGGCAGUUAUAAUGAAAUACAGAAGUUCCACACCCAGAUUCUUCGAGUGAAAGACAGAGAUGACUUCCCCAUGGUUUUAGUUGGCAACAAGUCAGACCUUGAUCACCAAAGAGUGAUAACUAGAGAGGAGGCACAGGGCUUUGCCAGGGAACACCGGAUUCACUAUAUGGAGUCCUCUGCCAAGAACCGUUACAAUGUGGACGAAGCCUUCCUGGAGGUAGUGCGGGCAAUCAGGAAGUUUCAGGAGACAGAAAGCCCACCCCUCCCUGCAAACCAUGCAGGUAAACCGAAAAGCAGUGGUUGCCCAUGCACCAUCCUCUAACUGCCCAUGCUGGACCAAGCAGCGGAUCGAGUUUAUAGGUUGUUGGGUUUUUUUUCCCAAGAAAGCCAAUGUUGUGGUGAAGCAUGAUUUUAUUUUGUUCAGUUCAUUCGCACUUUUAAAAAAAAAAUGUAUUUCAAACUUUUUAAACUGUUUAAGUGUUUGGUUUUUAUGUGGCUAUAUCAUUUCAUUAUACUGCCAGACGACGUUAAAAGGGAACGCGAUUGUGUUAAAAAUUAGAGCAAGCUCAAACGUACAGGAAAAAAAAAUUGAACUUGAAAAAUCUGGAACUUUGUUGUUGAAAGAGACGAUCUGUCUCCAUUGGGGGGUGCUAUUUUUGCCCUUGACUGUGCAAGUCGAUUUGUAUUUUCAAUAAGGGACUGAAGGUGAGCAAAGCCUCCAUGAACUGACAGGCUUUAAGGUGUAUUUCAGUGUCUAUAAUUAUAACUUUGCAUAUCCCAGAGGUUUGGUUUAGCACCUCUGGUGUGUGUGUGUGUGUGUGUGUGAGAGAGCAUUUUGUGCGUGUGAGUGAUAUUGGUGAGGUGUUCAAGAAACUGUCUAGAGCUACACACGGAGGACUAGACUACACUCGCAGAAUGACUCAGAAAUGCCUUUUGUUCUUGCUACACCAAAGUUCCAGAACUCCUGGGUCACAUGGUAAGACGGUGAGCCAUAGGCUGGCUGGCUAUGAGUCUGUGUGGGACUAGUAACAAUCCGAAAUGCAUUCAUAUUUUCCCAGGUUGCUACUGUGCCACUCUGUGUUAUUUAAAUAGACUAUGGAGUGGAGAUGCCUGCUACUUUUUACUUUUUUAAAACUUACCAAACAACACAGUUAUACAGAAGUAGGUUAACACUAAGAAGAUUAGAUGCCAUUUAUUUUUGUCAUAUCUGUAUGAAUGUGUGUGUGUGUGUGUGUGUGUGUGUGUGUGUGUGUGUGUGUGUGUGUGUGUGUGUGUGUGUGUGUGUGUGUGUGUGUGUGUGUGUGAAUGGGGGGGGAGGGGGGGUUGCUGUAUAUGCGUGCGUGUUAGGGAGGGAGUCUGUGCAUUUAGGUACUUGUGACUGCACAUGUAGAGGUGAUUCUUUGUAUUCUUUUGGUGCACUGUCUUGAAACAGUGAUUUUUGUUUUUGAAUAUAUAGAGCACACAAAUUGUACUGCAUCAACUGAUGAUCACUGGCUACGCUUACAAGAGAGACAUUUGUGUGAUUACAUAGGGCAGGGCUAUUCAAAUGGCGGCCCUGGGGCCAGAUGCGGCCCUUUGAUGGCAAGGUUCUGGCCCUCUAAAAGCCCCUUGACAUACAGAAUCGUUUUUUGGAAUUUAGAGAUAAAAGUAUGGGUUCUGUAUCGAGCUGAAACGGGACACAAGGGACGUUAAAAUGCAGGAAAUUACAUCUAAGAAAUGCAAAACUUUCUGGGGGAGAAGCCCCAGACCCCCUACCUCCUUGAAGUCUCCCGUAUUUUUUUCAUUGACAGUCCGCAACCAUAAUACAUACGUAUAGUUUGGCCCCUUUACUCAGACGAAUUUGAAAAACUGGCCCUUGUUGACAUUUAAUUGAAUACCCCUGACAUAGGGAGUGAACAUUUGUCCCAUAAAUAAAGCAAUUCUUUCUCUGGCCACUAGGAGGAGCCUUGCUCACACAGCAAGUCAUCACGAAAAUCCCACAAUAAUGAUGCCAAUUUUAAAAGAAAUGGUAUGUGUCCAGCCUAGAGUCACCAACCUGUUUGGAUUGCAAAAAGCGUGGGAAAACCCUGAGAUCCAUUUGUGUACAUACAUUGCCAUAUGUUGUCAAGUUCUGAAUGUCUUAACUGAAGGGCAUGUUUGACAGUGUGAUGCCUGACAGCUUUGCUGUGGUGAAAAUGUAUUGUAGCGGAAUGCAAUGUUUAAUUUGUCAGAUGAACUACAGUUACUUACACCUGACCUCCUACCAUCUGCUGCAAGCCUAUAUGUGCACCCUGUAUGCCACCGUUUUGUAUUGACACAAUGUACUGAAAUCAAUCAAAGACUUUUAUACCAAAUUAAAGUAUUAUUUACUUAAAA